UACUUAUAAAUCAAAUCUUUAAGUAAAUAAUAAGCAGACGUAUGAUCGUAUGCUGUGUAUGUGUGCGGCAGCCGUAAUGUGGUGCAGUGAGCUCCUCUAGAGCUUACAUAAUGGCAGCGACAUUGCGUCUUACUGGUGAAAUGGUCAAAAUCAUCAUCCAUUCCAACUUGCAGGCGCAGGCCAUACAAAAUGUUGGAUUGAUCCGAAGGCAUCUGAAUAGCGAACUUACAACAGCCUUACGCCCAUUUUAUUUUGCUGUACAUCCGGAUUUAUUUGGCCAGCAUCCUGAGCAGAGGCAGACCAACGAGAAUUCAUUAAAGCUGCUCAGCGCUCAUCUGGAGGCGCUGUACCAACAGAGCUAUCGCAAUGAAGAAGCCGAAGUUUUAAAAUUCUAUGUGCGGGAGAGUGCGGCUACUGAAAAGCGUGAUAUGUUUAGGCUGGUUCAGAUACGCAUGGAUCGCAGUACACGUGACCCCAAAAAAUUUAUACAAGAUCUGCUCGAGUCCUGCAAUCUAUCAACGGAUUACAUAAAGAGCGUAAAGUCCAUGCCGCCAGUAAAACCACAGGAGAGCUUGGCCAACAAACCCAGCUACGAUUAUUACUACAACACGGACUUUUCUGCUUUUGAAACACAGUUUCGUAAUGAAGCAACCAGCGCACGUCCAAUUCUCUCCAUUUGGAUGGAGGAAAAUGCUGCUAAGGCUAGACAAAGGGCUAAAGAAACAUCUGAAAUGGAAGCGGAAAUUGAUAAACUUAAAAACGUGCUCGUCAGAGAUUUGCAACUACGCGAUGCUCGCUACGAAUGUGGCUGGAAUAUAGAGCAUUACAGGGGCUGUCUCAAAUCGCUGCAGCGCCUCAGCCAAACCCAUGGAACAGUUCUGGAGACAUUGCGUAAUCGCGUUGUAGUCUUUGCUCCGUUUACAGGCAUCAGCUUGGAGGGUCAUGUAAUGCUGUUCACUGGUGAUGUGCAAAACAAUUGGAUUGACUUUAUCAAAAACAUUCCGCAACAUGAUGCCUAUUUAAAAGUGGUACCAGUCUAUGAGCUGACUCUAUCCCAGGUUCUGCGCAACAUACAGAUCGGACGACGUAAAUUUAUGCCGAAGCAACAGGCGCGUGGCUAUGCCAACCAUCUUAUGAAAGUAACGACGUCCCUCAACGAUUUUUUAAGCAAACAAUUGUAUCCAAAAAGCUGGCCGCAAACGUUGAAAGAAUUUACAAUUGUUGUCGAAUCUGAAGCGGGUCCAUUGAUGGUUAGUCCAACGGGUCAGUUUAUCACUCCCGCCACCUGCCCCGGGGCCAUACUCGUAGAUUUUAUAAGUCAAAAUAUGAAGCUAGCACGUGAACGCAUGACCAAAUACGAAACGGAUAAGCACAUCGAACAACAGCUCAUCGAGGAGUCGAUCACACGACUGAAAUUGCAAUCAUUAACUAAGGACGAUGCCGUAACUCCAGACAAGAUGAUAUCUGCGCUACGUGAUCUACGCCUGUGCCAGCCUGAGCAUUUCGUGCACAUCAAGCUGCAUAUAUCCCAUUACUAUUCGGUGUUAACCGAUGGUAUUGUCUGUAUACCAUGGGAUUUCAUGCAAAAGUAGUAAGUAGCGUUAGCUUAAAAAUUCUUGUGCCUUUCGAUUAGUGACAAUAAUCACAAUAAUAAAUUAAUUUGAUCAUAAGCG